CAAGUGAAAUGGCGCCCUUGCAGCCGCCCAACACCCACACACACCCGGGCACGGCGCCAACGCAGACCUACUCACCAACCUCAUCGCGGCUCCACCACACGCCGACCCAGCAUAGACCUACUCCACGCUCCCAAAUCACCCUGGCAAAAGGGACACAUGCUACAGCGCCAAUCACAGGCACAGAAUAGACCCAGGGGACAUGGUCCGGGACAAGUGCCUCGCUACCCGAUGCCAACCAUGACGCAGCGGU